UAAGUGUUGCAGUCAUGUCUGACAAAAGUGAACUGAAGGCGGAGUUGGAGCGCAAGAAGCAGCGAUUGGCUCAGAUCAGAGAGAAGAAGAAAAGAAAGGAGGAAGAAAGAAAGGAAAAAGAAACUGAUCAGAAGAAGGAUGUUCUUCCUGUUCAAGAAGAAUCUGACCUUGAAAAGAAGAGAAGAGAAGCUGAAGCAUUACUUCAGAGCGUGGGCUUGACACUGGAGUCUCCUGUCGUCCCUCCUCCUACCUCUUUGUCUUCCAAAUCCAUGAGUACACCAAGUGAGGCUGGGAGCCAGGACUCCGGCGAUGGCGCCGUUGGAUCCAGACGUGGACCUGUUGAACUUGGAAUGGCCAAAAUCACACAAGUUGACUUUCCUCCUCGGGAAAUUGUUACGUAUACAAAGGAGACACAAACACCUGUUAUGACUCAGCCAAAGGAAGAUGAGGAGGAAGAUGAUGAUGUGGUUGCACCAAAGCCCUUAGUUGAACCCGAGGAAGUAAAAACAUCCAAAAAGGAAGAGGAGGAGGAAGCUGCCCCUCACGAACUUACAGAAGAGGAAAAGCAACAAAUUUUGCAUUCUGAAGAGUUUUUAAGUUUCUUUGACCACUCUACGAGGAUUGUCGAAAGAGCCCUUUCUGAACAAAUCAAUAUUUUCUGCGACUACAGUGGAAGAGACUUAGAAGACAAAGAAGGGGAGAUUCAAGCAGGAGCAAAACUGUCCUUAAAUAGGCAGUUUUUUGAUGAAUGUUGGUCAAAGCAUAGUGUUGUCUGUUGUUUGGACUGGUCCUCUCAGUACCCAGAAUUACUUGUUGCCUCUUACAACAAUGAGUAUGCACCUCGUGAGCCUGAUGGAGUGGCCCUCGUGUGGAAUAUGAAGUACAAGAAGACUACACCAGAGUACGUCUUUCAUUGCCAGUCAGCAGUAAUGUCAGCUACAUUUGCAAAAUUUCAUCCCAAUUUGGUGGUUGGUGGCACAUACUCGGGCCAGAUCGUGCUAUGGGAUAAUCGCAGCAAUAAGAGAACUCCAGUGCAGAGAACUCCACUUUCAGCUGCUGCUCACACGCGCCCCGUCUACUGUUUAAAUGUUGUUGGGACCCAGAAUGCUCAUAACUUGAUCAGUAUCUCAAAUGAUGGGAAGUUAUGCUCUUGGAGCCUAGACAUGCUUUCCCAGCCACUGGAUAGCAUGGAGCUGGUUCACAAACAGUCCGAGGCUGUGGCUGUUACUUGCAUGUCCUUCCCUAUUGGAGAUGUCAACAACUUUGUUGUUGGAAGUGAAGAAGGCUCAGUCUAUACUGCAUGCCGUCACGGGAGCAAAGCUGGAAUCAGUGAGAUGUUUGAAGGACACCAGGGACCAAUCACAGGUAUCCACUGCCAUGCAGCAGUUGGACCUGUAGACUUCUCACAUCUUUCUGUCACCUCUUCUUUUGACUGGACAGUAAAGCUUUGGACAACGAAGAAUAACAAACCUCUCUACUCAUUUGAAGACCACUUAGAUUAUGUUUAUGAUGUUAUGUGGUCUCCAACGCACCCUGCCCUGUUUGCCUGCGUGGAUGGGACGAGCCGGCUUGACCUGUGGAAUCUCAACAAUGACACUGAGGUGCCAACUGCAAGCAUUACUGUAGAGGGCAAUCUUGCUCUGAACCAUGUGAGAUGGACACAUACUGGGAGAGAGAUUGCUGUCGGUGACUCAGAGGGCCAAAUAGUUAUAUAUGAUGUGGGAGAGCAAAUUGCAGAUCCUCACAGCGAUGAGUGGACUCGGUUUGGCCAAACACUGGCAGAAAUAAAUGCCAACAGAGCUGAUGCAGAAGAGGAAGCUGCAACCUGCAUCCCAGCAUAGAUCUCUGCAAAUGGG